AUGAUCGUUCAAGUACCUGUCGCCCUGCCCAAAAUGGACCUCAGCUUCCUCGAGUCAACCAAGUUCUGGAUCUACUUUUUCUGGAGUAUAUGGCUUCAUCGAUAUGUGCGGCUUCUCAUUCAUGUCAUCAGUCACUGGCGCUACAAGUCCCGUCCCAUCCCUAACAAGCCAACGCUUACCUCGGCCGACGUCACUGUUAUCAUCCCCACGAUUCAUAAUGUGUUCGAGGAGUUGCGGAAGCCCCUGAUGAGCAUUCUUGCUUGCGAUCCCGCCGAGUUGAUUCUAGUAACACCAAUCGAUAAGUAUGACGGCCUGAGAAAACUCGCGGAAUCUCUCGGCCACACCAAUGUCAAGGUUUUGUACACGCCCAUCGCCAAUAAGCGCCUACAAGUUUGUGAGGCGCUACCUAAGGUCCGGACCAAGAUCACGAUCAUGGCUGACGACGACGUUACUUGGCCCUCAACGAUGAUGCCUUGGUUGCUUGCGCCGUUUGAGGAUCCUGCCAUCGGCGGCGUUGGAACAUGUCAACGAGUUACCCGUGUUCGGGACGGUCCUUGGACGGCUCGCAUCUUCAACUGGCUUGGAGCGGCAUAUAUUGAGCGCAGAAAUUUCGAAAUCUCAGCUACUCACAACAUCGAUGGCGGCACGUCCUGCAUGUCGGGUAGAACAGGUGCCUACCGCUCUGAAAUUCUUUCUAGCCAUGAUUUCCUUGAGGGCUUCAAGACCGAAAAGUGGGGUCAGUAUAUUCUCAAUGCAGACGACGACAACUUUGUGACGAGGUGGUUGGUCAACCAUCAGUGGAAGACUUGGGUCCAGUACCAUCCCGAGUGCGAGAUUGAGACCACGCUUGAAAACAGCAUGAAGUUUCUGUACCAGUGCUCAAGGUGGGCGCGAAGCAACUGGCGAAGCAACUACACUAGCCUAGUUCGGGAGCGCUACGUUCUCACUCAACAGCCCUGGUGCACAUAUGCCCUUCACAUCGCGACCUUUACAUCCUUGUCCUUCGCUGUCGACCCUCUCCUUGUCUACUCUUGCUGGCGAGCGACUGGGAACUGGGACCUGGAAUCCCGGAAGCAAGCGGUUUGGGCCCAGCUCCUGUUCAUGUUCUGCUUUGUCAAGGUCGUCAAGUUGAUUGGGCUUUUCCGUCGAACGCCGAGUGAUAUCGUGUUCCUCCCCGUCUCCAUCAUCUUCGGGUACUUCCAUGGACUGAUCAAGCUCUAUGCACUUUGCACCCUCAACAUGACCUCGUGGGGAAGCCGAGCCGACGCAGACACCAACGACAAUGUUCGCUUAUUCCCGCGCCCCAAGAGAGCCUCCAGCCUGACUACUCCCCCGGUCGAGGACACCUCAUUCGCUACCAAGAAGAGAUGGGCUUACUGCCCGUACCAAGGCGCAACAGUUCGACUGGAGCAUGAGAGCGGCUCCAUCCUUCUGUAUGACUGCACAUGA